AUGCCCUGUGCAUCCGCUGUUAUGAUCUUCGCCGCCUUUUGGUUCAUCGCCGCGUCCUUCUCGGCACUUGUCGCUGUCCUCCCCUCUCUCCUCGUACCGACCGCUGUCCCUGCCUUCGGGUAUACCACUGCACCCUCCCUAGCCCUCGCGCGAGGCCUAUCCUUCCACUUAGGAAGCCGAACCAUGUCCCUCGACCCCUCAGCUUCCGCCUCGCCCAUGGUUCUUUACACUAUGUUGCGUCGUUUAGGGUCGACUGACAUCCACCAACUCGCCUCGCUUAUGCGACCAUCGACACCCUCGCUCUCCGCGGAGACCACAGACGCCCUCUUAAUGUUUACGAACGCCGCACUCUUCCUUCUAGCCUGGACUAUAGCCUACCUUCUUAGUAGACUCUGCGUGCAGGCCAUGAAGGAACCACUCCCCGACCACAUCCCACCGCUGAAGCCACCUCGGCGUACUCGCCGCCUACAAUGCCGCCUCCUCCGACGCUCCAUCCCUUGGGGGCGGCCGACCGGGAACGACCCAGGCUGGUGUUUUUUGACACUAGCCCCCAUACCCUUCCGACCGUACCUCACUGGUUUGGGACCUUACCCCUCACCGGCUAAAGUCUUGAACACCCUCCAUCAGCUAGGAGCCCCCCUACUCCCCGCACUCGUCACCCUCCACCGUGGCACAGCCCAUGUCGAGAACAGCCCCGGUCCCCAUACUGCCAUGCGACUACUACGGUCAAGACAGAUAGGUGCCAAACUUAAGAUUGGGCAACUCCACCACCCCGGUGACUGUGAACCAUUCGAAAUACCGAUACUGUUGUCUAGGAACAAGGACAAUCUCCACGCCCUAGUCGACACAGGAGCCACUGGGUAUGGAUUUAUCGAUGCCUCAUUUGCCCACUCCCGCGGCUACACCACCGAGCCGCUCCCCGCGCCUAGGCAGUUACAGGUAAUCGACGGCCGACCCAUCGCCUCUGGAGAUAUCACUCAUUUCUGCAAGCUCCGCCUCGAAGUAGGCACCCACGUAGAAGGGAUCUCCUUAUUCGUCACCCAACUAGGUGACUCUAAGGUAGUACUGGGUCUCCCCUGGCUCCAACACCACGCUGCCAAAAUUCAAUUUGCCGAUCGAUCCCUUUCCUUCCACGCCGACCGAUGCAGACAACAUACCGCUGCCUCAUGGACCUCCACCCUCACUUCCUCCCCGCUGACUGCCGCCGCCGCCACCCUGCCGCCACCACCAAUACCUCCGAGAUCUACCGCCGCCGCCACCUCGCCACCACCCCCGAUACCCCCAAGGACUACCGCUCAUCGCCGUACCAUCACCCUGUCGGCGGCCCGCUUCCGUAGGGAAGCACAACAGCCCGAAAACCACCUAUUCCUCCUGGCUGCCCGCCCCGCCGGUCCGAACCCAACGCCGUCUAACUCCACCGAAGAAUUGGUCCCUACCACCUACCACCAUUACCUCCACCUGUUUCAAGAGUCAGAGGCCCAAGCGCUCCCUAUCCAUCGGUAUAUUGACCAUGAGAUCCCUUUGCAAGAAGGCAAGCAACCGCCAUUUGGCCCAUUAUACGGCAUGUCGUCAGAAGAGUUGAAGACCCUUCGGGAAUACCUUGAUGACCAAUUGACUCGAGGUUACAUACGCUCUUCUUCCUCCCCUGCCGGAGCCCCGGUCCUAUUCAUCAAGAAAAAGGAUGGCUCCCUACGACUAUGUGUGGAUUAUCGCGCCCUCAAUGCCCUCACGGUCAAGAACCGCUACCCACUACCGCUGAUUAACGACACCCUGGAUAGGCUCAAGGACGCCAAGAUCUAUACUAAGCUGGAUCUCCGCAAUGGGUACAACCAGAUAAGGAUAAAGGAAGGGGAGGAAUGGAAAACCGCUUUCCGGACUCGGUAUGGAUUGUUCGAAUACUUGGUGAUGCCCUUUGGACUCACCAACGCACCCGCCACCUUCCAAGCCUUCAUGAACGACACCCUCCGAACCCACCUCGACGACUUCUGCACGGCGUACCUCGACGACAUCCUGAUCUACUCGAACACGGAGGAGGAACACCAGCGACAUGUCACUACCAUCCUGGACAAACUACAAUCGGCGGGGCUACACUGCAAGCCGGAGAAGUGUGAGUUCCACGUCGAUCGUACGGAAUACUUAGGGUAUAUCAUAUCGGGCGAAGGGGUUACCAUGGCUACCGAUAAAACCAAGGCGAUACAGGAAUGGAAAACACCUACCUCGGUACACGACAUACAAGUCUUUUUGGGAUUCGCCAAUUUCUAUCGGAGAUUCAUCCGCGAUUACUCCAAAGUGGUAUCCCCGAUGACGAACCUGCUAAAGAAGGAUACCCAGUUUGUAUGGACCACCGCCGCGGACCACGCCUUCACCCAACUAAAAGAAGCUUUUACCACGGCCCCAAUACUGAAGCACUUCGACCCCGAACGGGCCUGCAUAUUGGAAACCGAUGCCUCCGAUUUUGUCGCGGCCGCCGUGCUCUCCCAGAAAGACGACCAAGGAAUUCUACACCCAGUGGCCUUCUACUCCCAUAAGAUGACACCAGCCGAAUGCAAUUACGACAUCUAUGACAAGGAGCUGCUGGCGAUUGUUCGUGCGUUUGAGGAAUGGAGAAAGUACCUGGAACCGAGCAACCAGGAGAUUACGGUAUACUGCGACCACAAGAACCUGGAACACUUUAUGUCCACGAAGAUUCUUAACCGUCGCCAAGCUCGCUGGUCCCUAAUGCUGUCUUCCUUCAACUUUGUGGUUACCUACCGACCGGGGACGAAGAAUGGAAAACCUGAUGCCCUUACACGUCGAUCUGGAGAUCUCCCUAAGGAAGGGGAUGAAAGACUGACCCAACAGCAUCAGGUUAUACUUAAGCCAAAGAACCUCCGUCUAGCCGCCGUACUAGAGGUCCCCCGACCCGCCAAGGUAUCACCCGACCGCCACGAUGAACUGCAGACUGCGUUAGCCAACGACCCGCUGUCCAAACAAUUGAUGAAGGACAUCAUCGCCAGGAAGAAACACUCUCGCUUCCUCCCCAUCGGGGAAUGCACCAUUAAGGAUGGGUUACUAUACUAUCAGGGCCUACUAUAUAUCCCCGAUGACGCCGCUAUCAAGCUGGAGAUCCUCCGCACCAACCACGAUGCACCUUCGGCCGGACAUCCGGGACGCGCCCGCACGCUGGAACUCCUGUCACGGAACUACUACUGGCCCCAAAUGCGAAAGUAUGUCGCCCGCUACGUGGAUCACUGCGACACCUGUACCCGGAUCAAGCCGGCCCGACACGCCCCUUAUGGCCUCCUUAAACCCCUCGUUCCCCCAGUUAAACCCUGGUCCUCGUUGUCAAUGGACCAUGUUACCGGCCUACCAGAGUCCCAAGGAUCCAACGCCAUCCUCGUAGUGGUUGACCGACUCACCAAAAUGGCCCACUACAUCCCCACUAGAGAUACCGCGGACGCCCCCGAACUGGCCCGCCUAUUCCUACAACACGUCUGGAAAUCUCACGGGCUGCCAAAAGACAUAGUAUCGGACAGGGGUACGACCUUUACCUCGCAGUUUUGGAAGGCACUGUGCAAUCAGUUGGACAUCAAACCGCGAUUCAGUACCGCUUUCCACCCACAAACCGAUGGACAGACCGAAAGAGUAAAUGCAAUUAUGGAACAGUACUUAUGGGGAUACGUCAACUACCAACAGGACAACUGGGCAGAGUUUCUCCCGCUGGCAGAGUUCGCGCACAAUAACGCCACCACGGAGCCCUUAGGGGUUAGCCCCUUCUUCGCAAACUAUGGGUAUAACCCCCAAUUAGAGGUCCUACCCGCCGAAGAAAGACACGAAGCCACGCCGAAGGAAGUAGUAGAAUUUGCCGACUCGCUCACCACCCUACAGACCGCAUUGCGAUCCGAGAUCCUGUACGCCCAAGCCGCUGCUACUGAUAGCGCCAACAACACCCGGCUCCCAGAACCACGACUAGAAGUAGGGGACUUGGUAUGGUUGUCGCGAAAGCAUAUACGCACUGCUCGGCCAUCAGACAAAUUGGACCAUAAACGCUUAGGGAAAUUUAAAAUACUCGAACGCAUUGGAUCUCACGCCUACCGACUGGAACUCCCUUCCUCGAUGAAGUCCCAUCCGGUGUUCCACGUCUCCCUACUAGAACCCGCCCGAACGCAGCCUCUUCCUGGCCACAUACAACCACCCCCGCCACCGGUAGUCGUCGAAGGGGAAGAGGAGUUUGAAGUGCAGGAGGUGCUAGACUCGCGGAUACGUCAUCGGCAACUACAAUACCUGGUUAAAUGGACAGGCUAUGAACAACCCACCUGGGAACCCGCCCGGAACCUCGAUGCGGAGUUAGGAUCGCUGCAACGCUUUCACUCCCUCUACCCUACCAAACCCGCCUUAGUUCCCAAGAGGACCCAACGUGGGAAACGGUAA